CGGAGCUGAGGGAUGAAUGAGAUGAAUAGUUUGAAGGGGCAAGCUACUGACCAUUGUGCCUACCACAUAUCGUUGCAAGCAUAAUUAAGGAGCUAGAAUCAAUCUUUGGAAUCUAAUGAUAUCGUGUUGUUGAGUUUAUCAUGCGGGUACGGCCACCUUUCGCCGGGGGAUUCUGCGUCCUCCUCUUAGGUGCCGCAUAUUUGGGCCUCUCGAGCAUUCAAAUAAAGGUUAUCAACGACAAAAUACUCCAUCUUGUGACCUUCUUCAUCCUCUCACUAUGCUUUUACUGGGUUUUGGAAACAACCCGCCGCAGGGCGAUGAACUUCACUUUGAUUGUCUGCACGGGCAUUCUUGGUGUCGGAUCUGAGUUUAUACAGGCGGUGAUUCCGAAUGGUCGACAAUUCGAUCCAUAUGAUAUCCUGGCCAACCUCGUCGGAUCUCUCAUAGCUGUUGCUCUGUGUAGCUGGUAUCACAAGGGAAUGCUCGAACGUCGCCGGCGAACUAGGCAGUACCAAGCCGUCUCUGGCCAGGAGGAAGAGCCAGACGUUGAACUUGGCGGUCUGGAACCCCAGGAGACUGGUGUGACAAGAGAUGAGCCGCAGGAGCGCACAGUGGAGGAGGAGCUUGAUAACUGGGAUGAAAACGCCGAAGACAAUUGGGAGGACGAUGAACCAUCUGCUCAGCCAGAAGGCAGCAAGGCUACAGGCCAGAAAGCCUCUGGUGGUGAGGGUGCUGUGGACGAAGCUGGGAAAGGAAAGAAGAGAGACGACUGAUAAAUGACUUCAAUCAAUCUUGAAUUAUGAUAUCCUGUUAUCGAAAUGAAAGAAAUAAUAGCAUUCACCUUCAACGUACAGCAGGGC